AUGGCGCGCUCUGCGUGGGCCCAGGUAGCCCCGGUGGCUCUGGGGGCCCUCUGGCUGGUCCUAUCCCCGUCGCCCGCGGACACUGAAGUUAACCUGAGCUCUGUGGACUUCUCGGACCUCCCGGCGCUGCUUGGGGUCCCCGUGGAUCCCCAGAGCGCACACAGAUGCCUGUUGGUGGCCAGGCCAGCUGACGCCUGCCUCGCCAUCGAGGGUCCUGGGGCCGACAACAGCUCACUGGACCCACUUGUGCUGGUUCGGCCGCUGGGCUGCACGUGGGAAGGCAUAGAGCGGCGAGCUCGGAAGGCUGGAGCCACAGCAGCCUCUGUGCGCCCUGAGGAGGGGAAGGUGCGCAUGUAUGAGGACCUGGAGGUGACCGUGCGCUGCGACCGGCCAGCGCGCGUGCUGCUGCCCCACGGGGAACCCUGCCCGGACCCCGAGUGUCACCCUGCCGUGGCCAUGUCCUGGGCCCUCGUCCGAGCCCUGGCCCUGGCUGCUUCUACGCUGUUCGUGCUGCGGCAGCUGUGGCCGUGGAUCCGGGGCUGGGGGAGCCGCGGUACCACGGUGAAGACGCAGACGUGCCAGAAGGCGCAGGUGCGCACGUUUACGCGCCUCAGCGACCUGUGCGCCAUCUGCCUGGACGACUACGAGGAGGGGGAGCGACUCAAGAUCCUGCCAUGCGCGCAUGCGUACCAUUGCCGCUGCAUCGACCCCUGGUUCUCGCGCGCCGCGCGGCGCUUGUGCCCCCUGUGCAAGCAGUCAGUGGCCAGCACGCACGACGGCUCCACGGAUGGCAGCGUGGGCGGCGACGACGCACCCCUGCCCGGACACCGUCCGCCUAUCUGGGCCAUCCAGGCCCGGCUGCGCUCCCGGAGACUCGAGCUGCUAGCUCGGACAGUCCCCUGCCGCCGCUGCAGCAGCACCACGUCUAUUGGGGUGGCCGAGAACCUGGCACCGUCAGAAGCGACCCCCGAAGCCUCCUGACCUUGA